AUGGCGACCACCGUGGAUAAAAUCAAGGAAAUCGAGUCCGAAAUGGCUCGAACCCAGAAAAACAAGGCGACGUCUUUCCAUCUUGGUCAAUUGAAGGCAAAGCUUGCUAAACUCAAGAGGGAGUUGCUCACUCCCAGUUCUAGUGGAGGUGGCGGCGGUGUUGGUUUCGACGUGGCCAGAACCGGUGUUGCCAGUGUUGGUUUCAUAGGUUUUCCGUCCGUGGGGAAGAGUACACUCAUGAGUCGUUUGACUGGCCAGCACUCAGAAGCUGCUGCGUACGAGUUCACAACGCUUACAACUGUCCCCGGCCAAGUUGUAUAUAACGGCGCGAAAAUCCAAAUCCUUGAUCUCCCAGGUAUCAUUCAGGGUGCCAAAGACGGCAAGGGUCGUGGACGACAGGUUAUUGCAGUGGCUAAGACUUGCCAUCUGAUCUUCAUAGUCUUGGAUGUCAAUAAGCCGUUGACCGACAAGCGAGUAAUCGAAAACGAAUUGGAAGGCUUUGGUAUCCGUAUAAACAAAAGUCCCCCAAACAUCGUUUUCAAAAAGAAGGAUAAGGGCGGUAUCAACAUCACUUCAACGAUCCCCUUGAGCCAUAUCGACCAUGACGAGGUCAAGGCCGUGUUGAGCGAAUAUCGAAUAUCGAAUGCAGAUGUAGCCAUUCGCUGCGAUGCGACGGUGGACGACUUGAUCGACGUUUUGGAAGCCAAAAGUCGGAGCUAUAUCCCGGUCAUCUACGCGCUGAACAAGAUUGAUGCGAUCACCAUCGAGGAGCUAGAUCUUUUGUACCGCAUCCCGAAUGCUUGUCCCAUCAGCUCUGAGCACGGCUGGAAUGUUGAUGAGCUCUUAGAGCAGAUGUGGGAAAAGCUAAACCUUGUGCGGGUGUAUACGAAACCAAAGGGCAGAAUGCCAGACUACUCAGCACCCGUCGUCCUGAGAUCUUCGGCUUGCACUGUUGAGGAUUUCUGUAAUUCGAUCCACAAGACGAUUGUUGAGCAGUUCAAGCAAGCCAUUGUAUAUGGAAAAUCAGUAAAGCAUCAACCCCAACGGGUGGGAUUGGCCCACGAGCUCGCCGAUGAGGAUAUCAUUACCAUCAUCAAACGAUAGAAAGACACAAAACGAUACCAAUCACCGAGGAAUGCGGUACGUCUCUACCCCUGCUUAGGGAGCUGACUGGUGGGCUCGCGGAUGACUGAAA